CCUGUAGUGUGUCGGCGGCGGGGCGGCGUGCUCUCUCGUCCCGACGUGCCCCCAGAAGCCGGCGCGAUGCCCCAGAGCAGCGAGGAGCGGAGUGUGGAGCCGGAGCCGGCGCCGGUGGCCCCCACCGACGCCCGGCCGGCCCACAAAGUCGACUCUCUUGCCUCUCUCAGCUCGCUGGGCUCUCUGAGCUCCGCCUCGUCCGCUGGGUAUGGCCGUCAGCUGUCGCAGAUCUCGCUCUCCUCUGUCCUCUCCGAGUACGACGUCACCGGGCCUGGCUCGGCCGACUCAGAGGACGAGAGCUCGGACAGCGGCCUAGAGCUGGUGGCGCCCUCUGGACAGGCAGCGCCACUGAAGCGGGAGCGGUCGGAGCAGAGGGUGCUGCAGACGGGACUCGAGGGCACCGAAGAGACUGAGCAGAUUCCUGAAGUCUGGGAGGGACAGAAGGCGGAGAAGGGUGAAGUAAAUGAGGAAGAGAAGGAGUGGGACGAUGAGGAGAAGAAAAAUGAUGUUGGAGUGAAGGAGACUAUCGAUGAAAAGGCCGCGACCGCCGCCGACACCGAGCCUAUCCAGGCUGCUCCGACCCAGUCCAAGCGUCAGCUGCGCCAGUACAACCAGGAAACCUUCGAGCCGGCGCCGCGGCGGGUCGAGCUCCUGGUCAACCUGGCUAUCAACGUGCUCAAGGCCGUGGGAAACGUCAAAGAGUACAUCGCCCCUCCGAGUAACAUGGAGGCGGGCCGGGAGGACUACACCCCACUGUACAGGACGGACGACUUUGGCGGCUUCCACGCCCGGAACAUCUUCCGGCGGUGGCAGGACUGUUUCUGCAACCCCAUCGACUCGGCGGCAACCAACAUGGUAUCUCUGAUGGAGCGCCGCUUCGAAAACAAGCUCUCCUCGCGCUUCACACUAACUGGAGAAUCACACAGCUACAUCAACCUGGGUUCCUACAACUACCUGGGUUUCGGCGGCCUGGGACCGUGUGCUGACCAGGCCGAGACUGCCACCCUGCGGUACGGCGUGGGAUCCGCCGCCGCGCGACAGGAGGUCGGCACCCAGCGACUUCACAUGCAGCUGGAGACGCUGGUGGCUGAGUUCCUCGGCACUGAGGACGCCAUCACAUUCGGGAUGGGUUUCGCCACCAACUCGACCAACAUCCCGAGUCUGGUCGGGCCCGACUGCCUGGUGAUCAGUGACAAGAUGAAUCACGCUUCCAUCAUCCUCGGAAUGCGUCUGUCGGGAGCGAAGAUCCGCGUCUUCGCACACAAUGACAUGGCUGACCUGGAGAGGCAGCUCAUCACGGCACUGACCGAGGGCCGUCGCUGGCGCAAGGUUAUGAUCGUUGUGGAGGGUGUUUACAGCAUGGAGGGUUCCAUCGUCUUGCUGCCCGACGUCAUCCGGCUGAAGAAGAAGUAUGGGGCUUACCUGUACCUCGACGAAGCUCACAGCAUCGGAGCCGUAGGUGCCACGGGUCGAGGUGUGGUCGAAUACUACGGAUGUGAUCCGACCGAUGUAGAUAUCAUGAUGGGGACUUUCACCAAGAGUUUCGGCGCCGCUGGUGGCUACAUCGGCGGCAGCCGGGCGCUAGUUGACCACCUCCGUGCGCACAGUCAUUCUGCCGCCUACGCACUAGCCAUGCCUCCGUGCGUGGUUCAACAGGUCAUCGCCUCCAUGGAGAUCAUCCUUGGCCGUGACGGCACCGAUCUGGGCCGACGUAAGAUCGACACCCUGGCUCGCAACUCUCACUACUUCCGCCAGCGUCUACGUCAGAUGGGCUUCAUCGUUUACGGCAACGACGACUCCCCCGUGGUGCCGCUGAUGUCGUUCUUCGUCAGCAAGACGGCGGCGCUGUACCGUCGGCUGAAGGAGCACGGUGUGGCCACGGCUGUCAUCGCCUACCCGGCCACCAAGCUGACUGAGGCGCGAGCUAGGUUCUGUCUGUCGGCCUCGCACACCCGCCAGCAGCUCGACUAUGUGCUCAGCGUGGUGGACAAGGUUGGAGACGAGCUGGAGCUGAAGUACAGCCAGCAGCGUCCGCCUCCCGCCGAGGUAGUCUACUGAGGAGUUGGACACCCUCUCUGGUGGUUCACUGGGGUGGAGACUCUCCCUCUUCAGUAAUUCGCUGUGGUUGGGUCCUGAUCCCGCCUCAGUGGGCUACUGAGCGUGACGUCUGACCUCCUUCCCCUCCCUGGACGUCUACUGUUACAGACGAUAGGCACGACACAGAUACUGAGACAUGGAACUUCCCCACAUGUGCAUGAAGGAAAAUACAGUUCGAUAGGCGCU